CUGGCGACAACCGAUAAGAAUACCUCGAUCCAGGAAUUACAGAAAUAUUUUUUUUCCUCAUCUCUCUCGGCUGAUGAAAUUGGAGUCAGGGCUUUCAGAAUAUUCACGAUUUUAGAAGGAUUGUAAGUUUUAUGUUACAUCAUUAAGUUUUUAAACAAUAGUGUAUUCCGAAAGAUGGAAUGUUGAAAGUUUUGUUUAAGUUCAAUGAAGUAUUAUUGUCAUCUACUACUGCUUACCGCAUGCUUAAUAAUCAAAGAUCAGCAAGCAUGAAGUUAGCGUACGAUUUGUAUUUUCCCCCCGGAAAUAGGGAGCAGAAUCUACCCCCAGUCAUACUGAUGCACGGAAUGUUGGAUUCCAGGAAAUCCUGGAAAUACAUCGCGCCCUGCAUCGCUGAGAGAACUGGAAGAAAAGUGUAUGCUAUAGACGCUAGAAAUCAUGGUGAAAGUCCGUGGAAUGAGCGAAUUACGUUUGACGAAAAUGCUGAAGAUUUGAGGGAAUUUUUCUCUCAACAUCAAAUUCUAAGAGCUUCCAUUGUUGGUCACAGUAUGGGUGGAAGGACAGCCAUGGCGAUUGCUCUCAAUCAGCCUCAGUUAGUGGAGAAAAUAGUUGUGGAAGACAUGAACUGUCGUAAUUUCAAACCCACUCAGUCAGGAAUUAUGGUGCAGGUGAUAGAAAUGCUGAGAGAAUCUCUCAAUCACAUUCCACCAGGAUCAGACGAAAGAACAGCCAAAAAGUCAGUAGCCAAGUAUAUCGUCUCACUGUUUGCACAGACUACAGGAAACGAAGUGAAGAGGAAGAAAGACUCCCGAUAUGAUCUGAGUAUGAUUCCUCUAAAGCGUGAUGGUUCGAGUUAUUCUUGGGAAGCGAACCUGGAUGCCUUGGAGAAGAUGCUCACCACAGACAGAAUUACACAGAAUUUGAGUGGAGUGUUCAGGGGGGAUGCCUUAUUUCUCUAUGGAACGAAAUCUUUUUUCAAAGUUGAAAAAGAUGAGAAGAUCCCGAAACUCUUCCCACGUGUCACUCUCGUUGGAAUCGAACGAGCGACCCAUCUUCUGCACUUUGAGUUUCCUGACAGAUUCAUAGACGAAGUUUCUUUUUUCCUCAAUAAUGGUCUCGAACUUAAAGCCAAAUAUUAAUAAGAACUCUCUCUCUUGCGUGUUAUUUAUUAAAAGAAAAUGUACAAAUAAUUGUAUGAAUGGUUAUUUGAUUGUAAACUACAUGUUUUUUCUUUAUAAAUGUAAAUGAAUGUGUUUUUGUAAAUGAAAUGAAAAUGUUUUAGUUUUGAA